AUGACAACCGCAACAACAACAAAGUUAAAAUCUCUACCCAACAUUCCGAUUCCGGAAAAAUUAAUAAAAAAUAAUCCAUUUUUAAGCGAUAAAAAACCAGUUGAACAAAAUCUACUUUCAUUUGUUAGCACUGGUCUCGCGUUUGACACGGAUGUUGUUCAAAAACUGUGUCCAUCAGCUAUACCAUUUGCAAAUUAUAAUGGUCGAUCAUUAUAUGUUCCUAAUCGUGAAACAAAUAGAUCACCACGGCCUCCUCAUCGUUUAGAACCUCUUGUUUCAUUGACUGUAUCCAAAGCAAGAUGGAAACAUGCACGUCGAGUUCUAGCACAAAAACCAAUAUCAGUUGAGCCGAAAAAAUUUCGACCACAGAAACCACUUUUUUACAUGACCCAAGUCGGUGAUUAUGGUAGUGGUGGUGAUGAUGAUGAUGAUGAUGAUGAACCUGGGCAAGAAUUUAUUGAGGAUCCAGUGACACCGACCGCGGAAUCAGAAGCAUCUGAAGAAGCAGGUGAAAAUACGAGUGGAAUACGACGUGGACAUAAUACUGCUGAGAAACAAGCACGAGUUAUAGCUGAGAAAGAUUUCGCUCAAAUGGAACGAAAUUGGGAUCAAUAUAUGUUCGAACAUAUGGAUGAAAAUACAGCGAAAUUUAUUAUUUUAAAACAUGUUCAUGAUGAUGAACGCCGAGCUCGAUUAAUUGAAUAUUUGAAGAAAACCUACAAUAUUACAAAAUUACCACAUCCGCAAGAAGUUGAACUAUUUCCAACUACUAAUGAAGAAGAGAAGAAAGAUGGAAAAAAAGAAUUACAAAAAAUAUCAACUCAAAUACCUGACAAAGAUGCUGAUGUGUCCAAACGAGAAAUUCCAUUGUAUCGCUUACCACGAGGUUUACGACGACGAGCUAAAGAAGAGAAAAAACAAGAUUUAGCAGCUAAUAUGCGUUCAUCUCAACAAGUGAUCACUGAAAAUUCAACGAUACGUCGUGAAACAUCAUUUUAUGAUAUAAUGUCGAAUAAAAUCUUGAGUACAGUUUAUCGAACUGAUCAUCCAUAUGAACAAGCAAUGCUUCUUGGUAAAAAUACUCAUCGACCAACAAAUGAACCUGGUGUUAUUGUUCUUUCUGAUAAACUUCAAUUUGAUAAAGUUCUUCAAAAACAGCUUCCACCUCAUCCGGAUUCUAUUGCUACGACUCUUCAAAUUGACUCAUCAGCUGCAUACGAUCGACGAAAGCCUGCACGUGGUUUUCGUCGUUGGAAAGCUUUACCUGAAGUCAAAGAUACGCAUCCACCUCGACUACCGGAUGUCAACGAGUUAUCACUUUCGUGGCUUAUGCCAUCAACACCCGAUUCACGAUUGCAUCAAAUAUUAAAAACAAAUACAACCAUCAGUCGAAUUAUUGAAGAAUGGAGACGUAAAUGGCAAGUCGGUAGUCAAUGGCUUGAUGCUGAUGUUGAAGAAUUAUAUGAAGAUUUGCAUGAUAUUCAUGCACAUGUUCGUUUUACUGCUAUUGUUGUUUGUAGUCGAGCUGCUCAAUAUUUGACUCAAAAAGAAAUAGAUUUGGGUUUAAAAGUUCAUCUACUUCCUGAGAAAUUACUUCAAUCUAUUGAAACUUUACUAAAUGACACCCAGGAACGUGUACGAACAGCUGCUGCCAUUGCACUUGUUACAUUACAUCGAUUUUCUCCACAAGUAGAAGAAAUUCUUCGUUCGUGUGUUUUCAAUGGUAAUUCUGAUGAUAGAUUAACAGCUGCCCAAUGUUUAGCUAGUGUGAAUAUUUCAACAUCAGAUAUUAUUCAUGAACUAUUGAGAAAUUAUUUCGAAGCUGAAGAUGAAUUAACACGUGAACAGCUUAUUCUUUCAUUAGCUAAAUUAAGCCAACGCACGAAUCUCGUAUAUAGUUUAGCCGGUGAAUAUUUGAAUUCUGCUGAUGCUAAUGAUCGAAUAGUUGCUUGUAAACUUUUUCCAUUACUUAAAUCUCGACCAAAUAAAGAUAUAACACAAAAAUUAAUUCAUCUGAUGUGGCAAGAUUUGAAUAGUAGUGUUCGUCGUGUAGCCGGUCAAGCAUUAGGUAAAUGUGGUUGCGGUCAAGCUGUACAUGAAGAAGUGGUUGUUCGUUUACAAAGUCUGCUUUGGCAAGAUCGCGUUGAAGCACUUAAACUUAUUGGUUAUCUUGGCGUUUUAACAGCUAAAUUAAUGCAGCCAUUUUUAAAAUGUUUCAAAGACGAUCAUGUUAGCGUACGUGAUCAUGCAUGUCGUACAACAUAUAGAUUGCAAUUACGUGAUGAAGCAAUAAGAAAUUUACUUAUUGAUCGUAUUGAAUUCGAUCCUAUCGAAAAAGUUCGAUAUUCAGCUGUUGAAGCGCUUGGUUUAUAUGGAAUGACAAAUCCGAAAUGUCGAAGUGUUCUAUUAUGGGCUGUUCGAUAUGAUAAAAGUUCAUUGGUGCGAGCAGCAGCACCCAAUGCUCUUGUUUUGCUCGAGCAAGUUAGCGAAGAUAUUAUCGACACAUUACAAAGUCGACUAUUAGUGGAAAAAGAUCCCACUGUUGUUCAAUCAUUGAAAGAAGCAAUGGAAGCGUAUCAUUGUAAUGUAAGUCAAGAUGUGCCAAUAGUACAAGAAAUUCGAAAUGAAGUUCGCAAAUUAAAUACGAAGAAUACGAUUUGGGAGAAAAUAAUGAAUCUAGAAAAAGACCUACGCUUAGCGGCUGCUAUGGAACGAUUAAUUGCACCAGUGAUGGAUAAACCGGUAACACCAGUACCUGCUGACAAUGAUAAUAAAUCGGCAACGACGUUUUCAAAUUAUAUUCAAAAUGUUGCCGAGACGAAUGCCAGUGACAAUGAUGGCGUACCUGAAAUGUGGUUACCAGAGUUAUGGAAUACGGACAGUAAAACUGGUAAAAUAAAAAAACAUCGACUUCCACAAGACGAAACGUCUCUCAACGAAGAACCAAUUACAGCAGAGCCUGAACUAUCAAAUGUUUGUGCUCCAUUAGGUGUCUUAUUACCUGUGGAAGAAGAGGAAAGCGAACCUGAAGAAGACGAAGAAAGUCAAAUUAUACUUUCUUAA